AUGGUGACUUACGUAGAACAUCAAGGUAACCAAAACAUAUUGAUUUCAUCAUCAUCAUCAUCAUCAUCAUCAUCAUCAUCAUCAUCAUCAUCAUCAUCAUCAUCAUCAUCAUCAUCAUCAUCAUCAUCAUCAUCAUCAUCAUCAUCAUCAUCAUCAUCAUCAUCAUCAUCAUCAUCAUCAUCAUCAUCAUCAUCAUCAUCAUCAUCAUCAUCAUCAUCAUCAUCAUCAUCAUCAUCAUCAUCAUCAUCAUCAUCAUCAUCAUCAUCAUCAUCAUCAUCAUCAUCAUCAUCAUCAUCAUCAUCAUCAUCAUCAUCAUCAUCAUCAUCAUCAUCAUCAUCAUCAUCAUCAUCAUCAUCAUCAUCAUCAUCAUCAUCAUCAUCAUCAUCAUCAUCAUCAUCAUCAUCAUCAUCAUCAUCAUCAUCAUCAUCAUCAUCAUCAUCAUCAUCAUCAUCAUCAUCAUCAUCAUCAUCAUCAUCAUCAUCAUCAUCAUCAUCAUCAUCAUCAUCAUCAUCAUCAUCAUCAUCAUCAUCAUCAUCAUCAUCAUCAUCAUCAUCAUCAUCAUCAUCAUCAUCAUCAUCAUCAUCAUCAUCAUCAUCAUCAUCAUCAUCAUCAUCAUCAUCAUCAUCAUCAUCAUCAUCAUCAUCAUCAUCAUCAUCAUCAUCAUCAUCAUCAUCAUCAUCAUCAUCAUCAUCAUCAUCAUCAUCAUCAUCAUCAUCAUCAUCAUCAUCAUCAUCAUCAUCAUCAUCAUCAUCAUCAUCAUCAUCAUCAUCAUCAUCAUCAUCAUCAUCAUCAUCAUCAUCAUCAUCAUCAUCAUCAUCAUCAUCAUCAUCAUCAUCAUCAUCAUCAUCAUCAUCAUCAUCAUCAUCAUCAUCAUCAUCAUCAUCAUCAUCAUCAUCAUCAUCAUCAUCAUCAUCAUCAUCAUCAUCAUCAUCAUCAUCAUCAUCAUCAUCAUCAUCAUCAUCAUCAUCAUCAUCAUCAUCAUCAUCUGGGCUCCUGAAUUCUUGUUUAAACUAG